UAUCGAACGAAGUGCAUUGAAAUUGUCUAAGAAUGAAGAGCGGCAUUGGUAAAAAUUGUCGUGAUUUAAAAAUAGAUAUUGAAGGAGGACCUGUAAUAUAUGUAAAACCAUUGCACUGUACGUGUUUGCCGUAGCGGGAAUGUUUUCUUUUGCUUAUAAAAAAUAAAUCGGUCAGUGGAGUUUCGUAAAAAAGAAGGCAUUUGAAUAAAUACACACAUUAUCCAAAUAAGAUUUCAAAAAAAAAACUUUGGAUUAAUUCAAAAUUAUGCCAUCGUUAUUUUAAAUCUCUAUUUGUGGCCUGGUGAAUAAAAUAUCAAAUAAGUUUAACUUUUUUUUUCAAAAAUAUUUAUUAUGCAAUAUCGCUACCCCGAAACAAAUAACAAUUGAUACUACGGUGAUCGGCGUACUUUCAAAUUUGCAUAUUUUUAGAAUCGAAAUACAUAUAUGUAGUAAUAAAAAGUAAAGUACAGCUAAAAUGGAAAGUGCUGACAAUAUUCUAGUCAUAAAUCAGGAAUUUUUAGCCGAUUCGCCUGAUUCCAUAUCACUUUCUAGAGGAGACCUAGUGGAAGUACUAAAAACAAUGGAAGGCGAUACUUUUCCGCGAGGGAAGUUACGUGAUUAUAAGCCUGAGCUGAAUUCGAGGUGGUAUGUUAGAUUAUUUGGAUCAAGUGAUAAUUGCAAAGAAGGAUGGAUACCAACCAAUAUUUUGGAUUUCUCAAAUGACACGGUAUCUAUAUUUGGAAAUAAGGCAGAAGAUCCCGCUUUUCGAAGAAUAGCAACCGUUAGGGAACUCAUUGAAACAGAAGAAGAAUUUGGAAGAGAUCUACAAAAUAUCGUUGACUGUUAUAUCAAAGCUGUCGAUAGUGCUACGGUCCCACGAAUUGUUCGAGAUAGCAAAAACAUUAUUUUUUCUAAUUUUCAACAAAUCGCUGAAUUUCAUAAACUGGUUCUAAUUGAAGGACUUAAAUAUUAUUCAGAACAACCUAAUAUGAUAGCCAAAACAUUUCUAAGGCUUGAAAGGGACUUCGAUAAACAUGUUAAAUAUUGCGAAACAGAGCCUAUUGCUCAGGCUUUUCUCAUGGAGAACAAAGAAGCUACAGAAUACUUUCAGAAAAUAUCGAAAUUGAUUGGAGACGACAAAAGCCUGUGCGAGCAUUUGAAAUUACCGAUUCAACGAAUAAAUGAUUAUCAGUUUUUAUUAAAGGAAUUAAUAAAGUACUCACAGUAUGAGUCCGAAAAUACCAAAGACUUACAAAAAGCUUUGGAAUUAAUGCUUAGCGUUCCUUAUAGAGCAUUUCAUAAUAAAUUUUUAUCUAGUAUAGAGGGAUAUAGAGGUAAUAUUAAUAAAAUUGGACGUUUAAUUAACCACGACUGGUGGACUAUUAAAGAUCGCGGUCAAAAGUCCCACGAUCGAUAUUUGUUUCUCUUUAAAUCGAGGAUUCUAAUAACAAAAGUAAAGAAGAUAAGUGAUGAGCGAUCGAUUUUUGUUUUACAAAACAUUUUAAAAUUGCCCGAAUGCAAUAUUGAAAAUAAUACUGUAGAAAAUGUCCUAUGUAUAACUGAUAAACAGGAAAAGCAUGAUUCUUUCUUACCGGUUACAUUAAAGCCUCACAAAUUAGAGAGGCGAGACGAAUGGUAUCACGAAAUUGUUUCACAUAGAGGCGAUGAUUCGACAUUGCAGGAACACUUAGCAGAUGAUUUACGCGUUGAUACUACCCAUGUACUACAUGAAAAUGAGUUACUCAUUCAUUUACCACAGAAAGCCGAAGCGCAUAACCCCUACUCAGGAAUAAAAGCCUCAGACGUAGCUAAAGAUUACUAUUUGAGUGAAGAAGAAAAAGCAAAAUAUUUAGCAGAGCAAAAUCUGUUGCUUUUGCACAGUAACGUGCAUUCUAAAGAAUGUAGUACUCAAGGAGGAAAUAAACAAACGAAUAUUAAAAAUAAAGACGCUGUAACAGUAAAUAAAAAUGUAACUACCCAAAACGUUUCAAUAUCUAGUGAAAUUGUCGAAAAGAAAAAUAAUUCAAAUGAAAGUUAUUCCCAAGAAGGAAGUACCCAGACAUGUAUUAAAAGCAAAGAAACUUUAACCGAAACAGGAAAUAAAAAUGUAACCACUCAAAACGUUUCAAUAUCCAGUGAAAUUGUCGAAAAGAAAAAUAAUUCAAAUGAAAGUAAUUCCCAAGAAGGAAGUACCCAAAUAUGUAUUAAAAGCAAAGAAAUUUUAAUAGAAAAUGUAGAUGUAACUUCUCAAAACGUUUCAAUAAUUGCUGGAACUGAAACGAAUGAAUCGACCGAACGUAUAGAGUUAAAUAAUCCAUGUAAUGUGUUAAGUAUCGACACAAAAUCAGCUGAAAUCGAUUUAAAUUUCGACGCAACGAAAGAGAAAACUAUUGUUGUGAGCUCGACGACACGAGAUUAUGAUAGAGGAUCUUCAUAUGACAAUUACGGUGACACUUUGAGAAGUUCAGCAAGUUCCAGGAUUGAAAGAAGGAAGCAGGAGGACAACCGGUCAAUAUUUUCUUCGAGCCGUGCUGAGAGUCGUACUGAAGAUCAUUAUGGAUCGAGAAUUGCUACACGAUCGUCGUCUCGCAUGAUGGAAGAACAUAAUUUGAAAUCAAUGGAAAAGCCAGUCAUUCUUAGACCAACUAAAAGUGUUCAGGUGCAGCCUGGUGAAGCUGCUCAUUUUGAAGUACAAUUUGCGGAAAAACCAGGGCUAGUCGUUUGGCUAAAAGACAACAAUCCGUUGGAUGAUAGACUAGCUGAUCGCGUUAUUCAAACCGAAGCCACAAUGAAUUCAUAUCGACUGGACAUUAAAAACUGCAGUGAGUCCGAUUCGGGCACAUACACGGCCAAAGCAACCUCAGGAGUUGAAAACACGUCAUGUUCUGCGCAACUAGCAGUAGGUCAAGUUGCCGGACAUGAUGAAACUAAAACAAAUGUUCCCCCAGUCUUCCUUGUUCAGCUAAAGGAUGCUGAGAUGCUGGAACAUACACUUUUUCGGUUUAUGAUUAAAGUAAUGGGCGACCCGAGACCUCGAGUGAAAUUCUAUAAAGAUGGAGAAGAAAUAUCGGAGGAAGAUCAGCGUAUUCAAAUAAAUCGAGAAAAGGAUUAUCUUGGAUACUACGAGCUUGUUAUAAGCGAGGUACAAAAAGUUGACGCUGGAGUUUACUCCUGCAAAGCUGUAAAUAAACAUGGAGAAGCCCAAUGUGAAGCGAAGGCAACUACUGUGGAAGACAAAAAUCCAUUUGGAUCCUUAAGUGGACAAAUUCUUCCACCUGGAGAAAAAGCCACAUUUGUAUGGAAGCGAAAUGGUGUUGAGUUUGAUCCUGAAGAGAGAUUUAAAGUUUUGUUCGGCGAAGAUGAAGAUUCAUUGGCUUUGGUGUUUCAACACGUUAAACCCGAGGAUGCUGGAAUUUAUACAUGUGUAGCACAAACCACAACGGGUAAUAUAUCAUGCAGUGCAGAACUUUCGGUUCAAGGUGCUAUACAAACGUUACAUAGAGAGCCUGAAAAGCCUUCUUUGAUUGUUGAACAUCGGGAGGCCAACACAACUGUUGGAGGCACAGCAAUUUUAGAGUUGCAAUGUAAAGGUUUUCCAAAGCCAGGAGUUCAAUGGAAACAUGACGGCGAAGUUAUUGAAGUAGGCGAAAAACAUAAAAUUCUAUAUGCUGAUGAGGAAAGCAUAUCUUUGGUUAUUAAAAAUAUUACAACUGAAGACGCAGGCGAAUAUACCGUACAUGCUAUGAAUGAAUUGGGUGAGGAUGAGUCAUCUAUCAACCUCGUUGUAAAAGCCGCACCGAAAAUCAAGCAAGUUCGGGAUAUUUCUUGUUUUGCUGGUGAAACAAUUAAAAUAGAAAUGGAAGUCGAGGGCUUUCCAAAACCUUCAUUUAAUAUAACCAAUAACGGAAAAGAUAUUACCAAUGAGAAAAACGUCAAAGUAACGAGCCGUUUAAUAGCAAAAAGCACUGAAGAAAUUAUAUUAGAAAUUUCUAAUAUUGAGCUAAGUCAAAGUGGAAACUAUUCACUUCGAGCUAUCAAUGAUUUAAGUCAAUCAUCUGAGUAUUGGGAGUGUGUUGUCAAAUCUAAGCCAGUAAUUGUAAAACAUUUAGAAGAGGAAUAUGUAUAUGGAGAAAAAGAAACCGUUAUAAUGAGUGUUAAAAUAGAUGCAUUUCCAGAAGCUAAAGUUCGUUGGUAUCAGGAUGGCAAAGAGAUUGAUGUUUCUAAUAAUCAUAAAUAUAGCAUGUCCGUCGACGGGAAUGAGUACGUACUAAAAAUAAAGGAAGUAUCUCGGGUCGAUUCAGCAGUUUAUACAGUCCGGGCUGAGAAUGAAUAUGGUUCGGCAUCAAGUGAAACCAAAUUGUUAAUAAAGUGUACCCCAGAACUUACAAAGAAGUUGUCAAAUAUUACCAUUACCGAAGGUGACUGCAAUGUGGAGUUGGAAGUUCGAGUUAACGCCUAUCCAGAGCCAAAAAUCACGUGGUACAUCGAUGGCAUCGAAAUCGACGAGAAAAGGAAAGAUUUUCGCCGUAUCGAGGAAAAUAAUUCACAUAAAUUGGUUCUCAAAGAAGUCAAUACGUCAAUGCAUGGCACAUAUUGCUGCAAAAUCAUGAAUGAUUACGGAAGACUUGAAAACGAAUGCAUUGUAACUGUAAACUGCAAACCAAAAAUUAGGAAGCCCUUAAAAGACACAGAAGUCCAGGCAAAUGGAACCCUUACCUUAGAAACUGACAUAUAUGCGGUACCUGAACCUACUGUGAAGUGGUACAAAGAUGGAAAGGAAAUUAAUGCUGAUGCCAGGGUAAAAAUUUCCCGAGACUCAUAUCGCACGGAGGACUAUUCUUUAUCGCUUACAAUUUGUCAACCAAAAGAUGCUGGAACUUAUGAAGUUAGGGCAUUGAAUAGCAUUGGUGAAAGUCAAUCUCAAUGCAAGGUGCUUAUUCUAAAUGAACUACACACAAAAGAGGAAGUCGACGGAGAGAAAGCACAAAACAUGGAAAACGGGGCGAUUCCUGAAAUCCAACACGCGGAUAUUUUGGAAAAACAUAGCUUUGAAUCUGUGCCAUUAAAAUAUGAAGUCAUUGCAAAGGGAAUUCCCAAGCCCGAAGCUGUGUGGUAUCACGAUGGCAAACCAUUACAAGCGGAUCAACAUGUUUCCACAAUUGUUGACGGAGAUAAGUACCGACUAGAAAUAAAAGAACUUCAACUCGCAGACGCUGGUGAAUAUAAAGUGGUAAUUAAGAAUAAAUGUGGCGAAAAAUCAUUACAGGGUGUGCUUUCCCUAUCUGGUGUUGCCGAAUAUCGAAAACCUAUUCUUAAAAGUGGAUUGCAUGACAUUACAACUAAUAAAGGAAACUCGUUGGCAAUUCCCAUUGUAUUUACAGCGGAUCCUCAACCAAAAAUUACGUGGCUGAAAGAUGGAAAGCCUCUGAAAGAACAAGAUAAUAUAAAAAUAAACGAAACUGUUAAGGAUAUAGAAAAUGGACUGAAAGAGUACACUUAUGCUCUGAAUUUUGAUGAAAGUCAGCACAAAGAUUCUGGGCGCUAUGAGUUAGUGAUACAAAAUAAAUAUGGUGAAAUAAGUACUAGUGGAUGGAUUGAUGUGUUAUCGAAGCCUGAAAUAAUUGGUUUGAAAGAUCAAACUAGUCUUCCGAGUAGUACAAUCGCUUUCGAUGCCAUUGUACUUGCAAAUCCGAAGCCCAAAGUAACGUGGACGCGAGGGAAUGAAAAUCUUUGUAACAAUGAAAACUGUGAAGUUAUUGCCGAUCCAGAUGACGACAAAUAUAGACUAGUUUUUCAGUGUGUUAAACCUGGUGAGGAUGGAUUAUAUACACUGACUGCUGUCAAUGACCAAGGAACUACUACAGCAAGUUUUCGUCUCAAUGUAAAAGUUGAAAAGCCAACAUUCAUUAAAUUACCAGAUGAUCAAUCAAUACAGGACUAUUGUCCGGCUUUGGUUGAUGUACUGGCACAUGGUAUCCCAAAACCAACAAUUGAAUGGAAGAAAGGAGAUAAAAGCUUAGCAGAUGGAUCAGAUAAUAUUAACAAAAAAGAAUCUGAUUAUAAUAUACGAUAUUCUUCUCCGGACUCCGAUCAACUAAGCAGCCAAUUAGAAAUUCCACAUUUCAAGCCAACCGAUUCGGGACAAUACUCUGUUGUUGCUAAAAACGAAAUUGGCUCUACCGAGGUCAAGUUCAAUCUUGCUCUCUUAGAAUUAGCUCCUAAAUUCGACUCUAAGUUUGACAACGCUAAAGAAGUAAGCCAAGGAGAAGAUCUGAUUUUGCAGUGUAAAGUAAUUGGCAGUCCACUUCCACUGAUUCGUUGGACCAAGGACGGCGAAGAAUUAAAGCCAACUGAAAACAUAAAGCACUCUUAUUCAGACAGCGGCCUUUUGAAAUUAGAAAUCUCGAAUAUACAACCAAUCGAUUCUGGCGCUUAUAAAGUAAUAGUUUCUAACGCUUUAGGUGAAGUCUCAGCUUUAUGUGCUGUUGCCGUAAAACCUGAAUCUCAACAGCCUGGUUUUGUCAAACCUCUAGAGGAUAUUAGAGUCUCUGUUGGUGAACCACUUAAACUUGAAGCGCGGGUUGUUGGGUUUCCUGCGCCUGAAAUUCGCUGGACCAAAAACGGAGUUGCUUUGCGUCCAAGCAAGAAUAUAAAUUUCAUAAAUAAUCCCAAUGGACUCAUUGGCUUAAGCAUUGAUGAAGUUCAACCUGAAGACGCUGGUAUAUAUAAAUGUUUAAUAGUCAACAAAGAGGGUGAAGUAGAAGGAAGCUCUACUGUGACUGUAUUACCAAAAGAAAAAGAACCAGAAUUUAUAACAGAGUUGCAUGAUACCAAUUGCAUUGAAGGUUUUCCUGCGAAACUACAAAUAAAGGUCGUUGGCAAUCCCAAGCCAGAUGUUAAAUGGUUCCAUAAUGGUGAAGAAAUCCUUCCAACAAAAGGACAAUACAGUUUCAUUCAAAAUGAUGAUAAUACGAGCGGUAUGCUUAUUAAUGAAGCCACUCUAAAAGAUUCUGGCUUGUAUGAAGUUGUCGCGACUAAUCCAAAAGGUACAACCUCAUCUAAAGCUAGAUUACAAGUUGCUUUAAAAACAGACGAAUCCAUGCCAGAGGAACCACCUCAAUUUUUGUCUUCAAUAAGAGAUGUAAAUGCAAACGAAGGAGAAGAAGUUCAAAUUACUGCAGCAUUUUCUGGAAAUCCAAUUCCAGAAAUUAUUUGGACAAAAGAUGGUAGUCCUCUCACUAAUGGCGACCGCGUUUUAAUAGAGUGUGAUGGUAAACAUGUCAGUUUAAACAUAAAUCCCGCUGAAGCUAGCGACUCGGGUACUUACAGUUGUCUUCUAGCAAAUCCUCUCGGCGAAGAUUCCUCAUCUUGCGAGGCCAAUGUUCGAAAAGUUUUCAAAAAGCCUUUGUUUACUCAGAAGAUAUGCGAUCAACAGCAUUUAAUCAAUACCGAUGCAAAAAUACCUGUUACCGUUUCCGGUGUACCAUAUCCAGAGUUAUCGUGGUAUUUCCAAGACAAACCCGUUACAGAUGGUGAUAAAUAUAAUAUAAUAAACGACGGAGAUCAUCACGCAUUAGUUGUUAAAAAUUGCCAAAUGAGCGAUCAUGGUGUCUAUAAAUGUAUUGCGAAGAACAAAGAAGGUACCGAUGUAACUCAAGGCAGAAUGGAUGUAGUUAAUGAACUGAAAAAACACAUUCGAUCUGAACCACCUGCAUUCCUAAAGAAAAUUGGUGACUGUGAAAUAUAUCCUGGAAUGACAGCAAAGUUUACUGCUUGCGCUACCGGGAGUCCAGAUCCUGAAGCAGAAUGGUUUAAAAAUGAUCAAAAACUCUUUCCAAGCGAAAAAAUUUCUAUUGAUUACGAGACUAACGGGUUACUGCGACUUACUAUUAAAGAUGCGGAUGAAGCGGAUGUGGGCCGUUAUUCAUGCCAUAUAUUUAAUCCGUAUGGUGAUGAAACGUGUCACGCACAUCUUGUUUACGACAAUAUUGAUGAUCACAACAGAAAACCUCUCUCGGAACAAUAUAAUGAUUUAAAUAAAUAUAAAAGAACCGGUGUACCCACACCACUUACUGAUAAACCUACAAUAUCGCGAAUGACUGAUAACUCGUUGAAAUUGUCUUGGAAACCGUCAGUGUUAGCAUCGCCUCGAUAUCCUGUGACAUAUCUGGUAGAAAUGAUGGAUUUGCCUAAUGGAAAUUGGCGUACCGUACACAAAGGUGUAAGAAACUGUGCCUGUGAAAUUAAAAAGCUGGAACCAUUUCGCGAUUAUCGUCUUCGAGUUCGAGUAGAAAAUAAAUAUGGUGUUAGCGACCCUAGCCCAUAUGUACAAACAUACAGACAGAAAAUUGUGCCCGAGGAAAAGAAAAUAUACACGUAUUUAGCUCCAGGAGUCGAUUUUAGACCGGAAACGUCGCCAUAUUUCCCAAAAGACUUUGACAUCGAGCGACCACCCCAUGAUGGCCUUGCGCAGGCUCCACAAUUUUUACGCCGAGAAAAUGACUCUUGCUAUGGUGUGAAAGGUCACAACACUGAAUUAAUGUGGUUUGUAUAUGGUUACCCAAAACCAAAGAUGACGUAUUAUUUCGAUGGCGCGCUAAUCGAACCUGGUGGAAGAUUUGACUAUAGCUAUACCCGAAAUGGACAAGCUACACUCUUUAUAAAUAGCAUGCUUGAACGCGAUGUUGGAUGGUAUGAAGCUGUAGCCACUAAUGAACACGGUGAAGCUCGACAAAAAGUGAAGCUAAAGAUUGCGGAUUAUCCAAGAUUUUUGAAACGCCCAGACGAAGCAUAUAUAAUGAUGAGAAAGAAUGGACGCUUGGAAGCACACAUUGUUGGUGAACCACUUCCAGAAAUCAGAUGGUACAAAGACUGGCUUCCUUUAGCCGAUAGUACAAGAAUUAAGACCAAUUUUUACGAGCCUAAUAUUUAUGUACUAUCUAUUAAUGACGCAAUAAUUAAGGACGAAGGUCUAUAUUCUGUUAGUGCCCGAAAUGUAGCAGGUUCUAUAAGUACUUCUGUGAUGGUUCACAUAGAAGAUAAUGAAGACGAAUAUAUCUAUAAAACUUAUGGAAGACAUCCAUACAUCCGAGCCAGACAAAAUCGGUAUAAUGAUAAAUAUGACAUUGGUGAUGAGCUAGGACGUGGUACUCAAGGAAUUACAUAUCACGCCGUAGAACGCGCAACAGGUGAUAACUACGCAGCAAAAAUUAUGUACGGUCGGCACGAAUUGCGUCCAUUUAUGUUGAACGAAAUAGAUAUAAUGAACAGUCUUAAUCAUAAGAAUUUGAUUAGACUGCAUGACGCUUAUGAUCUUGAUAGAAAUGUUACUCUUGUUAUGGAACUAGCAGGUGGCGGAGAACUUGUAAGGGAUAAUUUACUCAUGCGAAAUUACUAUACAGAACGAGACAUUGCGUUCUACAUAAGGCAAGUGUUAUGGGGUUUGGAUCACAUGCAUGACCAUAGCAUGGGCCACAUGGGACUAACGAUUAAAGACUUACUGGUAACCGUAGUGGGAAGCAAUGACCUAAAAAUUUCGGAUUUUGGUCUCUCCCGGAAAAUAAACUCUCAUGCUUUAACAACGUUAGACUUUGGAAUGCCAGAAUAUGUUUCGCCCGAGGUGGUCAACAAAGAAGGUGUUGGUUUUGCUCAUGAUAUGUGGUCAGUGGGCAUUAUAACAUACGUACUACUAAGUGGACGAAAUCCUUUCAGAGGGUGUGAUGAUUAUGAAACACUCUCAAAAAUUCGUGAAGGGCGUUGGGACUUCAGUGACUCUGUCUGGUCGCAUAUAUCUGAUGAUGGAAGAGAUUUCAUAUCACGUUUGUUAUCAUACAGAGCAGAAGAUCGUAUGGAUGUUAAAACUGCUUUGAAACAUCCAUGGUUCUUUAUGUUGGACAAAUUUCCGACCGGAAAUGAAUAUCAGAUCACUACGGAUCAUCUACGGAGCUAUUAUGACCAAUUUUACGAUUGGAGCAGGAAUGCAGCUUGUAAAAAUUACUUCCGCCGAAGACGCCUCAGUGGAUGCUACACUCAUCCAUCUAGAAUGGUUUAUCCUCCAGGACAUUCAUAUACCCCCGAAGCAACACCAGAACCUUUACCAGAACCAAAGAAACGAUCUACCAAAAAGGAAAGUUCUAUGUCGAAGUAUCUUCAUCCGGAUUAUGAAUUGGGCUUAAUUCAAACAGAAAGCCAUUACCAAUAUGGACCUGAUACAUAUUUGCUGCAACUUCGGGAUGUAAGCUUUCCUGUGCGGUUACGCGAAUAUAUGAAAGUCGCUCACAGAAGAUCACCCUCUUUUGCUCUUAAUGAUAACGUGGACUGGUCUUUACCUGUUAUUCGUGAACGCCGGCGUUUUACUGACAUUAUGGAUGAGGAAAUUGACGAUGAACGCGUCCGGAGUCGUAUAAACAUGUAUAGUUCAAAUGACUCCUUUUCUAUUCGUAGGCUUCGAACAGAAUUAGGUCCUCGCCUUGAUGAAUAUACGGAGGCUGAAGCUCUGAUUGAGAGCCAAAGAGAAGGAUGUCUUCCGUUUUUCAGGGAAAAACCACAAACUCUUGCUAUUGUAGAAUAUCAACCUGCCCAUAUUCAUUGCUUUGCAGUUGGAGACCCUAAACCAUGUAUUCAGUGGUUUAAAAACGAUAUGGUUCUAAGUGAAUCAAAUAGAAUUAAAAUAGUCACUGAUGAAGACGGAAGAUCAAUUCUGCGCUUUGACCCAGCUGUCCAUACAGAUAUAGGAAUAUACAAGGCCGUAGCGAGAAACUCUGUCGGGCAAACUGUGGCACGUUGUAGAUUAGUUGUUGCUACAUUGCCAGAUGCUCCUGAUUCCCCAGAAGCCUCGGCCAUCAGCGGAAAUGCUAUUCUUUUAAGAUGGAAGCAGCCAAAAGAUGACGGCCAUUCACCAGUUUUAUGCUACAGUUUACAAUACAAAGAUGUUAAUGCAGAUAUAUGGACCACAAUCGCAGAUAAUAUUGAUCAUGAAUUUUAUUUUGUACAUGUUCUCCACCCUAACACGAAGUACCAAUUUAGAUUAGCAUCUCGUAAUCGCAUUGGUUGGAGUGCAAUGGGUAUUCCACUGACGGUUGAAACUGCAUCGGAAGAUUCACCAAAAAUACAUAUAUCAAAGGCAAUGGAACAUCUACAAAAAUUAACUGAGAGUGGUCAAGAAAUCUUACCAGAAGAAGAGCGCGUGCAUACUGACUAUCAUUGUGAAUGCGAACCACCGAAUUGGAUAACUGACAGCAGCGUUAAUGAGAAAUAUAGUUUUAUUUCAGAAAUAUAUAGAGGAGAAUUUAGUACCAUCGUUAAAGGAGUUCAAAAGUCAACAAACGCUAUUAUUGUAGCUAAAAUUUUCGAUUUAAAUGAAGAAACGGAGCCUCUCGUAUUAGAAGAGUUUGAAAAUUUUAGAACCUUAAGGCAUGAAAGAAUUGCAGCACUAUUUGCAGCAUAUAAACCCAUCAACGUACCAUUAGCCAUAUUUGUAAUGGAAAAAUUGCAAGGUGCUGAUGUAUUGACAUACUUCAGUAGCCGUCACCAAUACACAGAACAAAUGGUGGCAACGGUUAUAACUCAACUAUUAGAUGCCUUGCAAUAUCUACAUUGGAGAAGCUACUGCCAUCUAAACAUUCAGCCUGAUAAUAUCGUCAUGGCUUCAGUACGUUCGGUACAAAUUAAAUUGGUGGACUUUGGAUCCGCCAAAAGGGUAAAUAAAUUAGGAGCAAAAGUUGUAGCAAGUUGCAUGCUUGAUUUCCAACCACCCGAGGUAGUAAACGAAGAACCCAUAUUUCCGCAAAGUGAUAUUUGGUCCGUUGGUGUGCUGACCUAUCUAUUGCUUUCUGGAAAAAGUCCCUUCCGCGGUAUUGAUGAUUACGACACAAAGCAAAACAUAUCGUUCGCUCGCUAUAGAUUUGAGAAUCUAUUUAGCGAAGUAACUCCCGAGGCGACCAGAUUUAUUAUGUUCUUAUUUAAACGCCAUCCAACAAAACGACCAUAUUCUGAAGAUUGUUUGGAGCAUAGAUGGCUUAUGUCUUCCGACUAUAUGAUCAAGAAGAGAGAGAGAGCUGUUUUCCUGGGCAGCCGUCUUAAGGAAUUUUCUGAAAUGUAUAAGGAAAUGAAGGAAAGUCACGCCACUGCAUCUCAAACAAUGACUCAGUCUUUGAAUGAAGGUUUAUCAGCGAGACAGCUAUUACGUUCGAACAGCAUUCAAGAAGAGCUUUAUGCCACAUUUUAGCGAUGUCUUCCGAAAUAUUAAAUCCAUUUUAUAAAAUUUUGAUUUGGUAACAUUCAAUACAUGCAUAAAAAAUGUACAUACACAUAUAUAUAUAAAAGGCUACCGUGCCAAAAAUUAUAAAAAUCAUUACUUCUACUUUUAACUUUAAAACGGAAUAAAGGGCCUUCUUCUACUCCUCUA